AUGGAUCAUAAGAAUAAGAGCAGUGUCAGGGAAUUCAUCUUACUUGGAUUUCCAACCGUAAUGGAACUGAAAGUGCUUUUAUUUGUGAUUUUCCUUGUGAUCUACAUCCUGACACUGCUGGAGAACAUCGUUAUCAUUGUUGUGAUCAAAAACAACCCUCAGCUUAAUAAACCCAUGUAUUUCUUCCUCACCAACCUCUCUUUCCUGGAGACAUGGUACAUCAGUGUUAUUGUCCCAAAGCUAUUGGUCAACAUCCUAGCGGAAGACAAGACCAUUUCUUUUGAAGGGUGCAUGACACAGCUAUACUUUUUCAGCUCCCUCAUAUGUACAGAAUGUGUUCUUCUGGCAGUAAUGGCGUAUGAUCGAUAUGUGGCCAUCUGCAAUCCACUGCGCUAUUCGACCAUCAUGACCCAACACCUCUGCAUGCAGUUAGCUGUGGGUUCAUGGCUAACUGGGUUCUUGGCCUCAAUGCUGAAGGUUAUCUUCAUAUCUAGACUACCCUUCUGUGGCCCUAACAUCAUCAACCACUUCUUCUGUGAUAUUUCACCUUUGCUAAAUAUGGCAUGUGAAGACAUGACAGUGGCUGAAAUAGUGGACUUCGUCUUAGCCUUAAUAAUUCUGUUGGUCCCACUCUCAGUUACUGUAGUUUCCUAUGUUUGCAUUAUUGGCACAAUUUUGCAUAUUCCCACUGCCCAGGGCCAGAAGAAGGCCUUCUCCACUUGUACUGCACACCUCACUGUGGUCACCAUCUUCUUCUCAGCUACCCUCUUCAUGUAUGCACGACCAAAGAGGAUCCACCCUUUCAAUCUUAACAAAUUUGUGUCUGUCAUAUACACCAUUGUCACUCCAAUGUUGAACCCUUUUAUUUACUGUUUGAGAAAUCAAGAGGUUAAGGGGGCUCUUAAAAAAGCUAUCUGUAGCAUCAGUUUCCUUUCCCAAAACUCAGAACCAAAUGCUAAGGUUGGAUGGGUCAGAUAG